AUGGAGAAAGUGUCGGAAGAAAAGAGCAUCUCAGAAGGUUGGAAGAAGGGGGUUAUAUACCCAAUAUUUAAGAAAAGAGACAUCAAGGACUUCAAGAAUUAUAGAGGAGUCACGCUGUUGGAUACGAGUUAUAAGGUAUACGCAAGUAUACUGAAUGAGAAACUGAAAGAAGAAAUGAAAGAUAGAUAUGAGGAGACACAGUUUGGCUUUAGGAAAGGAAGAGGGAUAAGCGAUGCUAUAUACUUGCUGAACUUCAUGAUACAUAAAAAGCUGAGGAAACAGAAAGUGAGGGAAAGUGUUUGCGUUUUUCGCAGAUCUCAAGUCGGCGUUCGACAAGGUGGACCGACAAAUCUUAAACAAGAGAAUGAAGAAGAUAGGGAUAAGCAAUAA